AUGCUCUCAACAAGAAACUCUGUUGUAGUGACCAAUGAUGUACAAAGAAAGCUAGCCAACAGUACUCUACCUUCAAUGGUUGAGUCGGGAGAGAUUGAUACUAGUCUACUGUUGAAGCAUUCAACGUCCUCCUCCUCGUAUACCAAUAAGAACUCCAGCACAGCCGGCUCCUCCUCGUCGUUUAGAAAGCGAUCGAGAAGUCGAAGCCGUAGCAGGAGUCGUGAGGGACGAGGCGCGCUCAGGAGCUCGGUGGGCGGCUCAAGCAGCACAACCACCAGGCGACCAUACUAUGCCGGCAGAAGCAGGAGCAGAAGUAGAAGCAGAAGCUACAGUCGCAGCAGGAGUCGAAGUGGCCACUGGAGUAGGAGUAGGAGUAGAAGCCCCUCUCCACUUCUUCGAGGAGGCCGUUAUAAUAAUAAUAAUAAUAAUGUUGGUACGAAUAGUAGGGCCACCAAGGGUGGCAACAACAACAUCAACAACAAUCAAUACAGUAGAUAUAACAACAACAACAACAACAACAACUCGCGCAGCGGAAGGGAUCGCCGAAGAAGCCCAAGCAGAAGCCGCAGCCGAAGCGGAAGCGUCAGACGCGCCGGCAAUGGCUACUACUCGAGACGCAUGAGAAGUGGCUCGAGCAGCACAAGCCGAAGCAGAAGCAGGUCUCUUGUGAGGAGCAUGAGUAUCAGCCGAAGCCGAAGCAGAUCUCCAAGGAGGUCGUCACGUGCCACCUCCUCCUACUACAACAGCAGGAGCAGUCGUAGUCGCAGUCGCAGCUACAGUCCACGCAAGAGGUCGAGACCAACCAUCUCGUCGUCCACAUCGUCAAAGACGUCAACUCAAUCACCUGCAAUCACCUCAAGUAACACUCUUGUCGAUGCUAUCGAGAAGAAAGCAUCACAAGUUCAAUCAUCAUCAUCAUCAUCCAUUCAACAGCAACCCCAACAACAACAACAACCAGUUGGCAGACAUCACACAACACCAACGUCUGACAACAGCACACCUGAGAAUGUCUCACCCAACGAGCCAUCCUCUCCAUCAUCCUCCAAUCAACGCCUUUCAAUCUACAACAACAAUCACACCAACACCGUACUACCUCACAUCAUCAACAGUUUACAAUCAAUCAAUAACAACAACAACAAUAACAACAGCAAUAGUAACAAACAACAACCAUCACAGCACCAACAACAUCAUACAUCAACAUCUACAUCAAGUUCACUUUCACCGGCCUCAACAACAUCAGCAUCGGCAUCAGCAUCAGCAUCGAUCAACAACGCCAAAGACAUCACUGCCAGCGUCGCACCGGUGCCAAUCAAUGUAAAACAAACGCCAUCACCACCAAUGUCCUCGCCCCUCUAUUCUCCGCCAUUGGACAGGCGCGAAGAAGUCACAUUCCUUGACAAGAUCAGAAUGGAGGCUACAACAUCAUCAACAUGUAAUUCAUCAACAUCAACAUCAACAUCAACAUCGACAUCUUCAUCAUCUGCCAAUGGCCAUGCCACGGCUUCAAACAAUACCACUACCAAGCAUCCAAGGUAUACGAUUCUGCACACAGACCCAAUCGACACUAGAGGCAUGAACAAGUUCAAGGCUCUACUGUGUGGCGAUGGUUGGAUCCUAAAGAAUCACGAGUCCAAGAUGCCAGCGCUGCACUGGGAAUACCAGGAUCAGCCGCCUCCCACCGACCCCCGACCCAACCGUGACUACAUCAACGUUCGAUACAUAUUCGACUGA